AUACAAGAACAAACGAAACUGUGAAAAGAUGGCAAGAGUUGUGACGGUGGCGCAGGACGGUGGCGGUGACUACCGCACGGUGCAGGAAGCAAUCGACGACAUACCACUCGGCAACACUUGCCGGACGGUGAUUCGUGUCUCGCCGGGGAUUUACCGACAACCUUUGUACAUCGCCAAGACUAAAAACCUCAUCACCAUCGCCGGAAUCGGAAUCAGCCCCGAGGUCACCGUUCUAACUUGGAACAACACCGCCACAAAAAUCGAUCACCACCAGGCGUCGCGAUUGAUUGGAACUGGAACCUUUGGAUGUGGAACCGCCAUUGUUGAAGGGGAGGAUUUCAUAAGUGAAAAUAUCACAUUUGAGAAUUCUGCUCCUGAGGCAGUGGCCAUCAGAGUAACCGCCGAUCGUUGUGCUUUCUACAAUUGCAGAUUUCUCGGCUGGCAGGAUACUCUUUAUUUACACUACGGGAAACAAUAUUUGAAAGAUUGUUAUAUCGAGGGAAGCAUAGACUUCAUUUUCGGGAAUAGCACGGCUUUGCUGGAACAUUGUCACAUCCACUGCAAAUCGGCCGGUUACAUAACGGCCCAAAGCCGAAAAUCUUCUCAAGAGACAACCGGUUAUGUGUUCUUAAGAUGCGUCAUAACCGGCAAUGGAGGGGCAUCGUAUGCUUAUCUUGGGCGGCCAUGGGGACCUUUCGGGAGGGUGGUUUUCGCCUACACGUAUAUGGAUUCAUGUAUUAAACACCACGGUUGGAAUAAUUGGGGAAAAACUGAAAAUGAAAGAAACGCUUGCUUUUACGAGUACAGAUGUUUCGGGCCGGGAAGUUGUCAAGAAAGACGGGUAACAUGGGCAAGAGAGCUCAUGGAGGAAGAAGCCGAACAGUUCUUGGUGCAUUCGUUUAUCGACCCAAACCCAGAGCGGCCAUGGUUGGCUCAAAGAAUGGCACUUCGGAUACCCUUUUCGGCUUAGAAUAUAUGGCAAACCGGUUUUGUAACAAUAAUUACCAUGUUAUGUUAAAAGUUUAAAUUUUAUCUCGAUAACUUAAGUGUUGAAUGAAAAUGACUAUUUUACUUGAUAUUUUGUUACAUGAUUUGGUAUCGGUUAUUUGGUCCCUUUUUUCCGGCAAAUAG